AUGUCUGCAGGACUGGAUGACACGGACAGCGUGUUCGACCUGAACGAGGCCAUCCCAGAGACAGAGCUGCUGGACAACAGCAUCCAGAAAGGUCGAGCUCAGCUGUCUGUCAAGUCACGGAGGCACCGCCCCUCACGGUCCCGUUACCGUGACAGCGUGAGCUCCACGGAGGGCGAUGAAAGCUUCGACAGGAAGGACAGUCCAAUACAGUCCGCCCGCUCACCUUUACACCUGCCCAUGAGAGGCUCCUCCCCCACCCCUGAUUUGCUGGUGUCAUCUCGAAGCCCCGCCUUCUCUUUUGACACAUCACUGGUACGACGCUCGCCAGAGGAUGGAGGCACUUCACUGGCUACUCCAUCACGGGGGCGGUAUCAUCAGCUGACCAAUGCCACUUCUCAGGAGGCACUAGUGACACCUAGCAGCUCACCAUCUAAAUCCUGCCCCUCCUCCGACAGCUCACCUGUCUACUUGAGGAGGAACAGGAGGCCGGACAGCGAAGUUCUGGUUUCAGAUACGAGUCGGGACACAAGUCCAGCUGAUCCGAACAGUCCAAAUGUCGUCUUCGACAAGAAGACAAAGAGGCGCUUUUUGGAUCUGGGGGUGACCCUCAGACGCUCCUACAUCAGAGUGAGGAAAGAUAAAUCUAACAGACUUUCUGUGGGCAGCAGAGAGCCGUCUGAUAGUCCGUCUCGCUCCUCCGGAUCCUUCGUCUCCUUUUCUUGGUUCACUGAAGGUCGAGGGUCGUUCUCCUCCUCCGGGACUCCUCCAUGCUCCCCUAAAACCCCCCAGUCUGGCCCCCAGAGGCCUCGCAAGUCCCGCUCCCAGGAGUCUGCUUUCAGUGAGGAGUUCUCUCCUCCUCACACAUCCUCCUCCACCUCUCCUCCUCCUCCAGACUCCUCCAGAUCCUCCCAUCCGUACCACACCCUGUCCCAGUCCUCUGACGAACCUUGUGAUGAGCCCUCCCCACCCUCCUCCUCCGUGUCCUCCUGGACGACUCAGCAGGUCUGCCAGUGGCUCCGAAGUCUCCACAUGGACCAGUAUGUCCCAGAGUUCAGUUCCAGAGACAUCGAUGGAGAGAAGCUGCUGCAGAUGGAUGGCAGCAAGCUGAAGGGUCUGGGCGUGCUCAGUUCGUCUGAUCGCAGCGCUCUGAAGCGUCGCAUCAAAGACGUCCAAAGUGCAGUAGAGAAGGAGAGAAAAGCUCUGGACAAACUGGAGAAACAGAAGGAAAAACAGAGGAGGAAAGACCAGGACCAGCGCAGGAACUGAGGUCCACCACCAGAAGGAGACAGAGGGAAGGACACUGGAAGCUUCGACAAGACAAACUGUGUCAUCCUGGAAAACCUGGAAUUCUUUUAUGCAGAUUCCAGACAAGGAAAAGGACAGACAUUGACAACAUCGUAGAAAUG